AUGGCACGUCGAGACAGUGCAACCGCUCGGAAGACCUCAAGGCAGUCCCUGAAGCUGAAGCUGAAGCUGCCCCAUGAAGGGAAUCGUCCUCAAGGUAUCAGGAAGGCAGAAAAGCGAAAUCCUGUUCGACGGAGCACCCGUUUGGACCGUUUAAUCGAGGUUGUUGAGACUCAUCCAAAAACCAGCCAGCAGCCUCUACUAUCUCCAGUCAGCGACAUUAAAAGUCCAAAUCGUGCGCACCCACCAUCUACCCUUCUACCGUCGAGGCCUUCCAAGCGAAAACGAGAAACCGAACAGCAACUGAACCCGCCCUAUCCAAAACGACAGCGAACAUCUCCCAGACCCUCUGCUCAAGACGUUGAUUCAAUUACUCAUUUAUUAGCGAGAAAGAAAUCCGCCGCCUCUCUUCGCCGAAAGCGAUCGGAUAGCGAGUCCGGUGCACCCAGCUCAACUACGCCGAGUGACCAGAAGCCUAGGGAGGAGAAGAGUGCACCUUAUCAAGACCCGCGCUACAGGUCGCUUCUCGAGGCAAAAGGGAGCUUUAUGGGCAAGUAUGUUGGCCGGAAUGAAGAGGGUCCCACAGCAGAAAGUAAGAAAAAGUACAAGUCCUUGCUUGAAGCCGAGCAGGUAGUUCCCGAGUAUUCCUUAUUUCAUGAUGAUUUCUUCGAGGACACCUGCGGUAUGAUACAGGACAGAAAUGAAGCAAAGGUCAUUCAGGACAUCGCAAGACUCAUUGUCCCUUCCGCGCAAUCACUAGCGGUUCAAGGGGCGAAGCAUUUAAGGUGUCUCACUGAAAGCGUCAACGAGGGUUGGAAUAAUUCUAUUCCUGUUACUAAAACACGACCUCAACCAGACUACUCUGUGGGGUUCAAACGCUCUGCAUUUACGGAAGACCAACUCAAGAAACUUCAACCAUUUGUCGGCGACCUUACGGACAACUCCUUUUUCAUGGGUACAUGGUAUAUGUACCUCCCCUUCUUCUCGAGCGAAGUGAAGUGCGGUGCGGCCGCACUCGAUGUGGCGGAUCGACAGAACGCGCACAGUAUGACUCUCGCGGUUCGAGGAGUCGUGGAACUGUUCAGGCUCGUGAAGCGCGAGAAAGAGCUUCAUCGGAAGAUCCUCGCCUUUUCCAUCUCACACGACAACCGAUCGGCGAGGAUUUAUGGUCAUUAUCCCGUGAUUGAGGGCAAAAAGACUACGUUCUACCGUCAUGCGAUCCGUGACUUCAGCUUUACUGAAUUGGAUGGGAAGGAGAAAUAG